CAAAGGCAGGCACCACCAUGGUAAAGUUUCUGCUGCUGGCUUUGGCAUUUGGUCUGGCUCAUGCUCAGGCUGAGCUUGAAGGAAAGUGGGUUACCACUGCCAUCGCUGCUGACAAUGUGGACAAGAUAGAGGCAGGAGGACCACUGAGUCUCUACGUUCGUGAAAUUACUUGUACUGAGGCAUGUAGUAAAAUGGAAGUCACAUUUUAUGUCAAUGCGAAUAACCAAUGUUCUCAGACCCAAAUCACUGGGUAUAGGCAAGAAGAUGGCAACUACAGAACCCAGUAUACUUGUCCUAAAUAA